AUGUCGUUUAAGCUGCCUUCUUUUUCAAAAUCGAAGGUCUCCUAUCAAGAAUUCACGAAAGGUCUUGAAACAUUUUUGUGGACUGAUCUCUCCGAUACUAGUGAGAUUGGAAGAGGUACAUUUGGCGCAGUGUUACUCGCCUCUUUCAAGAGUGAGCAAAAAACAGCAGCAGAAAAAGUCGUUGUUAAGAAAUUGCUACAAUCGUCGAGGUCUGAUGAAAAACAAAGGUUUUUCAAGGAAGCAAGGCUUCUUCAAAGCCUCAACCACAAGAAUGUAGCGAAGUUCAAAAAAGUAUGUAUCGAACCGCCGGCGAUAAUGAUGGAGUUCGUAGCGUUUGAUUUUAAAUUCUUUUGUUCCGAGAUUAUGAAUCUAUUUUAA